AUGCUGCGGCGUACCCCGGUAGCCAUCGCGGUCAUGCUUGCGCAGGGUCUUGCGUUGGCCCAGCCUGCGGCCAAUACAACGAGCGCCGAUGUUCCUGAAGCGAAGAGCCUGUUUGAAACGGGUGGGCAGGAGGGCAUAGGCCCGCGUCCAUUCACCUCAUUCCUGGAGCGACUGAGUUCUCCCGUCACAAAAAUCAGCCUGAAGGUAGAUGGGGAUAACCUGACCGCCGAUGGUGUGACGGGUACGGAUGUCCAACUGCGCCUGUUCGGCAAGGAUGAGCAGCGCAUCACGAGCGACGUUGAGGUCACGAUCGAAGUGGACGGGGGCGCCCGUAUCCUGAUGCCUGGCCGCAGAACUUCAGAGUCGGGCGCUGACCGCGGCGAUAUCGACAGGAUUACCCCGGGUGUCCAGUAUGUCGUCAAGAAUGGCACGUUGCAGUUCAAGCUGAUUGCGCCUUUCAAGCCUGAUCCUGUGACCCUGAAGGUGUCAGUCAAGGGCGUUGCUGAAAAAGUCAUCGUCCGCUAUGUCCCCGACCUCAGGGACUUUGUGGCAGUUGGCCUCGUUGAAGGCCGCUUGCGCUCUGACAAAUUUGAUCCGAAGCAGAUUACUCCGGUUCGUGAGAACGACGGGUUUGACAACGAGCUGAAAGGCUUUACCAAGGACUUCAAUGGCGGGAAAACCAACCUUGGAGCACGGGCGGCUGUUUACCUCAAGGGCAAGGUCAAGGGUGAAUAUCUCUUAACCCUCGCCUACGAUUCCGACAAAGACACGCGGAUCAAGCUUUUUCAGGAUAUUGAUCCGAACGCCUUUUACCCCGUAUACGGCGACUCAAGCAUUCGCGGCGUCGAUGCACAAAGCUCGGGAAAGCUGUAUGUCCGGAUCGACAACAAGCUCAACUACCUUCUGCUGGGCGACUACACGACUGGCGACACCAAUCCCGCAAGGACGCUGAGCCAGUACAACCGCUCGCUGCCUGGCAUACGUGGUCAUUAUGAAGAGGGCAAUGUCACCGCCAACGGAUUUCUCGCCCAGCAGGCGCUCACACAAGUGGUGGACGAAUUCCCUGCGCGUGGCGUCUCCGGGCCUUAUUCGGUGUCCAACCCGAACGGUGUCAGUGGAUCGGAAAAAAUCGAGAUACUGACACGGGACCGUUACCGUACGACCAACAUCAUCAAGGUCACACCUGUAGCGCGCAACACCGAUUACGAAUUCGAGCCCUUCUCUGGCCAGAUCGUUUUCCGCGCCCCCGUACCAAGUUUUGACGACCAGCUCAACCCCAUAUCCAUCCGCAUCACGUAUGAGGUGAGUAAUGGUGGACCAAAGUUCCUCGUGUAUGGCGGUGAUGUCCGUCUCAAGCUGAGCGACAACCUGAGCGUCGGUGUGGCCGGUGCGCGCGAUGAAAAUCCGGGUGCGCCGUAUGAAGUGAUGGGUGCCAACCUCAGCCUCAAGCUGAGCAAGAACACCGAGAUACUUGCCGAAGUGGCCCGUACCAACAGCACGGUCAAUACAAAUGCAGGUGGCUACAACACAAAUGUCAGUUCCAACUUCGCCGGCAAGGUUGGUGAAGUGCAGGGUACGGCUGCCCGUGUGGAAAUUCGUCAUGCAGAUGACGACCUGCGUUACAAGGCCUACGGAAGCCUGAACGAGCAGGGCUCUGCGGCCAUCGAUCUGAAGAUCUCCGACCGCCUGACCAUAGGGGGCGGCGUUCGCCGGGUUGAGCAAAACUCCAUCAGCCUGACACAGACAACGGCUACCAACUGCAGCAAUAUCACGACGGGCACCACAACAGCUGCAGGCGCGAUCGCGGGCUACAACACCGGCUACGGCAUCAGCCAGGUAGGAAACCAGUCGAUUGAUCCUGCGACCGGCCUGCCCAUUCUUUGCAAUGUAGGCAUCAACAAUGUGGCCGGCGCGCCGACCAGCCUCGAGCGUACCUCCCUGUUCGCCCGUGCGGCUUACAGGGUGACGGAUUCCCUGACGCUGGAUGGCGAGUUGCAGAAUGUCACCGGGACUGACCCCACCAACCUGUACCGCCUGGGCGCACGUUGGGCUGUUACCGACCGCCUGAAUCUGUCUGCCGAAACCCAACGUGAAUUCAGCGGCAAUGGUUCAGGCCUCUACCGCCUCGGCGCCGACUGGCGUGUUGCGGACAAGACCCGCCUUUACAGCCGCUAUGAGCGCGCCACCCAGUACAGCGGCGCUUACGGCCUGGGCGUCGGCCCCAUUGCUGACGCCUUCUCUGUGGGUAUAGAUACACAGUACAUGCAGGAUGGGUCGCUUUACAGUGAAUAUCGCCUUCGGGAUGGCGGCUCUGGCAAGGAAGUCCAGCGUGCGCUGGGCCUGCGCAAUGGCUGGCGCCUUGCCGAGGGUAUCCGCAUGACCACCAACCUGGAGCGUCUCGCCGCAACCAGUGGCAAUGCUUCUUCAGCGGCAGUUGGUCUCGAGUACACCGCCAGCCCGAUCUGGAAAUCUUCCGGCCGGGUUGAGUGGCGCGAAGAUGCCAAUAACACCAACUUGCUGUUGACGGCGGGCACUGCACGCAAGCUUGACAGCGACUGGACGCUGCUGGCGCGUGAGUAUGCCAGCAUCGUCAAGCCGCGCACUGCGUUGGGCGCCAACAGCCUGCAAAGCCGCUUCCAGGCUCACGCGGCGCCGAUUGAUGGCGGCGUAGCUGUCGGCUGCGGUGAAUGA